AUGUCGGACCAUCUCUCCGUACUGCAGCAGCAGCAAAGCAUCCCUCGGCCUAACCAGAACUAUCCGGGGCAAGCAAGUUCAAACGUUAACCAGAGUCUGCAGUCUCAAGGCAACCAGCAUCACCUUGCUCAGGCGGUACAUAGUCAAGCACAAAGCCAAGGUGCGGGACAUUCGAACAUUAACGUUAACCGACCGCCGUCUGCCAGCCAAAUUCCUUCAGCAAGUGCUGUUCAUCCACCAAGGAGGCCGAACAGUGGAGGGAUAUCUGCCUGGCUUGGACAGCCACCACAAACCCAGAAUGCGCGCUCGGUGCUGCCCCAAGCGCCCCUGGCCGUAAUAAAGCCUCGAUCGCAGCCCCAGUCGCCUGCCAUCCAGUCGCCCGCCGUCCAAUCUCUAUCGUAUGGACACAGUAGCCAAGCGGUCAAUCUUCAACAGGUUCCUGCAUCCCUGCAGCCUCGGCCUCCACCACAACCCGUCAACUAUGCCAGGUACUCGGCGAUUUCGCUCCCUCAACCGAGCACUACUCAACUGCAACAUGGUUCCGCCCCCUCGCCCGCCCAACCCCUACCCCAACCCCAAAUCCAACCGCCUUUCCCGCCAGACAUGGUCGACCAGAUCCGGCACCACGUCGCCAAGACGCUGCAGCCCACCCAAGUCCAGUUCGAAGAGCUGUGGCGCAACCUCUUCAACAACGUCGAGUCCCAACUCCGAAAUGCCCACGUCCAGUUCUAUACUGAGGUCGAGAACACCGCUAAGGCCUGCCGCGUGCUCACCAAGGUGCUCGACGACAAUAAGCGGCUUGCCGCGGAGCUGGAGCGGGAGAGGGAGGAGCGGCACAAGAUGGCUGCAGAGCUCAAGGAGGCGAGGGAGGAGGUGCAGAGGGUGGUGGGCGGGAAUAGGUCGCUGCAGCAUAUGUACCAGCAGGCGGUGCAUGAGCUGCAGAAGUUGAAACAUGCGGAGGCGGAGCGCCCGCUGCCUGUACUAUCGCCGAGUGCGUUUCCUGAACACCAGCCCGGUGCUCUGCCCGUCAACUUGGCCCACUACCCCCCGGAGUUUGUGGACGCGAUCAAGCGCGAGUUGAACCGCGACGUGGAGAUCAAGGUAGCUACGAUGCUGGCUGCAAGCCUCCGAGGACGGAGAACCGUGAACACAGAAGCGCCCCAGAAUCGUAGCCAGGAUGCCACUAACAAAGCACCUCCCACUCCUCCCGACUCGGCGAUCGACACCACUGCCAAGCAAACGACCGCAGCGCUGACGCCCCCUCCGGACCAGCCCGCUCCCCAUGCCGAGUCUACUCAGAGAAACGUCUCCCCGUCCUUGUCUAGAACUGUUUCCUCUACAUCCCCGCAACUGGCCCCACAAUCAGCACCAAAUACCACCUCUUCACAGUCAGCACCCGAUGCCACGUCCUCGCAGCCCGCACCUCAACCCACCCCAACCCACCUCCCCGUCUCGUCCCAACCGCCCUCGAGCACCGCUCAUCCCCAUACACCUACAUCACCUGCCACUCCCAUUCCCGCCCCCGCAGAACCAAGCUCAAUCUCAGCAUCCACCUCCGCAAUCGCGAUCAAACAAGAGCCCGUCGACUCCGCCCCAAUGCAGCUCACCUCCACCUACGAGGGCGGGCAGGAAAUAAUUGACCUCACCGGGCUGCCCGGCUCGCCGUCUCUGCAGCAACCACACGCUGAUCUCCCGUCACCUCCUGUUCCUCCUGUUGUUCCCCACAUGAUUUCGAAUUUAGCCAGACAUCAGCAUGGGGAGGCUGCGCAGUUCUCAGAGAAAGAAGGAGAGGGGGCCAAGCCCCCCGCUGUUGAAGCGGGGACCGAAGAUGCUCCGGAUCCCGAAGGUACAGAGCACAUUGCCUCCGACCCUCCGCAAGAGCAAGCCCGUACCCCAGAAGACAUCCCGCUGCUCGACGACGUGGACGAGGACGAGGACGAGGAUGAGCCGAUGCGUCCACCGAGCGAAGAACGCGCGAUCGAGGAAAUGGUCACUGAGCCAGAGGUACCGGACAAUACCGACGCCAAGGAUACCGUCGACCCAUCCCGCAAGCGCUCCCGGGAUUGCUCGGAGGACGGUUUGUCUCCGCGCCCUGCAGUACGGAGACGGAUAUCCGCUGAGCUCGAGGGCGAUUUCUACGGAGUUCAGCCAGCUGGCGAGUCGGGACCUGCCGCUUCGACGAAAGUUCCCGAGGCCUUACCGACCGUUUCCCCCCCUGCUAUUCAAUCGCCGGCUCCCAUCGCUGAGCGCAGGUCGGCUCCCGCUGACAGUCCCAUCGUAGCGAGUGCCGGGCCCUCUGUGAUACCUCAGGUCGAAACCCGCAUGGUCUCGGGCACACCGCCCACGCCCUCCACGCCUAUUGCUGGUCCUUCUGCUGUUCCUUCGUCUACCACCCGCACUCCGCAUGCCCCUGUCGCGCCACCGGCGCCCGUGAACCUCCCUCCGUCCCUCAGUCGACGGACAUCAGCCCAGUCCCCGGCCUCCGCUCGCCAGCCCAAGGUGGGCGAGUUCGAGCUGACUUAUCCCAAGCCCGCCCCCGUGGCCCCGGUCAAGGUCAAAGCGGAAGAACCGGACAGCACCCUGCAACCUGAACCCAAGCCCGCCCGCUCGCGCCUCGGCAUCCAGCACAUCGCCCUUGUCUAUCACGCCAGCAAGACGAAGUAUACAUGUCGUUUCUGCUUGUUGCGCCACAAGGAGGAUCCCUCCAGCCGAGUGACGACUUUCCCGAUCAGUGCUUCUGGAGCGGUGCUGAGCGCACACUGCGAGAAGGUCCACCCUACGAGCUGUGGCGCGCUGCUCAAGAUGACCCCUGCUGAGCUGACCGAGGCGAGGCAGCAGGUGCAGAAUCCUAGCUGAUGUUAUAUUUCCAGGUGUAUGUUUGUUUUUGUCUUUUCGCUGUGUCUUAUUGGACCUGUGGUGCCUCAUGCUCUAUGUCUAUGUUCUAUGUCCUAUGUGUCCUCCCCGCAUCAGUUUUGUACUCGCAAUUUGAAGCAAUGUUGUUGUCUUAGUUAUUCCACUCACACCUUGUCACGCUUUCUCUGGGGCCUGGAGGACUGUAUCUUGGUGUAUCAUAGUCUAUCAUAUCCUGUUAUGUAUCUGUCGAUAGAAUCG